GCCUCGAUGUGGAAGGCUUUGGUCAGAUUGGGAGCUACCUUCCAGUGGUCGGCUGCAUUCAGCUUAGCUCGUCUUUCCUUCUGCGGUCCUCUUCAAGGCUGGACUUGUUUGCGUUUGUGGUGGACAGUGUACACUUUGGUUCUGCACCGCUCGCACAGAGCUUCGCUUAUUUGG